GUCCGCCGUACGCGGGUAGGGCGUGCUCCGUUCACGUGAUUGACACUCGACAAGCGCACCGCUACGUUCGUUGCGAACGCGCCUUGCAUGCGGCUGUCAACGGCACACACUCACACACAUUAUAUACAUACACGCACGCAUACCCAUACACACAUACACACACACGCCACAGAUUGUUCUGGUCAUCCCAGUUCGGGCGACAUUCCCAAUUCUUCUGGACUUUACACGAUUCGGUCGAAUGAGGUGAAUUUUCGCCAAAAUGCAUUCCGAUAAGGUUACUACAACGGCGAGCGAAACUCGCAAAAGCACGAAACCAAUAAUGGAGAAAAAAAGAAGGGCCAGAAUAAAUGCAAGUUUGGCAGAACUGAAAACGUUGCUGCUGGAAGUAAUCAAAAAGGAGGGGUCGAGGCACAGUAAGAUGGAGAAGGCGGACAUAUUGGAAAUGACUGUCAAACACCUGAGACAGAUUCAGCGACAACACUUCACAGGUUCAACUGACCCGACACAUCAUAGCAAGUAUCAAGUCGGUUUCAACGAGUGCGUGCAGGAAGUGAGCAAAUACCUGACGUCACAAGACAUUUGUGACGUCGACAUCAAAGCCAGACUCCUUAACCAUUUGGCGAAUUGUAUAACCGGUUUCGACUCUUCUGGAAUAAGUUCAAUGUCGCCUACUCCGAUUUCGUCACCAGAAAGUACUACUUUUUCUCCGAUGACGUCACCGGAAAGUACUACAUCGCCGAUUCCAUUUCGUUCGAUGGAACAGUCGAUUAUUACGUCACACAGUUCGCCGGUAUUGUUAGCGCCGAGGAUUCACACUCAAACAGUGAACAAUAACAGUGCUACGACGGCGACCAGCAGCUACAACAACAACAACAACAACGUAGCGACAGCAGCGUUGCCACAGCAACAGCCAGUGCAGAUGGCAAAAUUGGUUAGUGGACUGCAGGUGAUUCCGACGAAGUUGCCUUCAGGUGAAAUAGCAUUUGUGUUACCCGCCAAUGUCGUGGGUGGCGCCCAAGUUCCCAACUACAUCAUUCCAAUGUACACGUCACCAGGGUCGAACUUUGUUUCAACCAGUGCCGUCGCCACCGUGCCUGCCCCUCAAGCACAGUCGUUGGUGACCACAUCGUCCUCUGUCGCUGGGACGACGAUAGCACCGCAUUACAACAACCUCCAGACGUGUACCGUCACGGCUCUGACAGAAAAUAUUAAUUUAUUACCUUGUUCGACGGUGCCUCCACCUGGUUCAGGAUUAACACCCACAGUUUUAGGAUUAUCUUCCCCUGGUUCAGGAUUAUCGCCCCCUGGUUCAGGAUUAACUCCGCCUGGCUCAGGUUUACCACCCCAUAUUAUUCUCCCGUCGUCCACCAUUCCAGCAAUAUCGACGAUGGAAUCUUCAGUUUUUUCCCUUGGACACCAGCCCCGUUUUCUCUUGGACAACAGGAUAGGUGACGUUUUACCAAUGGUGCCAGCUAGACCAAAUGUUAAUAAUAUGCAUCCAGUUCAAAACGAGGGCGCUAGGGGCGCGGCAGAGGAAGAUGAUGAUGCUGUGUGGAGACCGUGGUGAAAUGCGGUACUCAGAUGAUGUGAUAUAUUUCAUAUUGUGAUGUUUUCCAAAUAACUGUUGGUUCCUAAAGCUGCGAUUACACUGUGCGAUUUAUAAUAACGAUCCAGUGUUAUUUUAAACGCAUUUAAACAUUAUAAGCUUUAGGAUACAGAUUCCGAUAAAUUGAAAGUAUGUGCUUCUUAAAGUUACGAUUACACUGUGCGAUUAAUACUAAUGAUCCAGUUGUAAUUUAAACUCAUUUAAUGAUUAUGAGCUAUAGGAUACAGAUUCUGAUAAAUUGAAACUAUGUGCUUCUUAAAGCUGCGAUUACACUUUUCGAUUUACAAUAACGGUCAAGUUGCAUUUUAAACGCAUUUAAAGAUUCUAAGCUGUAGGAUGCAGGUUCUGAUGAAAAUGAAACCAUUAAAACAUCAAAUCGUAAACAAACUGAAUGGUUCAAACAUUAUUGUUAUUGAUAGGUGUUACACUGGGGGGGGGGGGGAGCAAUUUCAUGAGGGAUAAUUUUGUGCUUCUUGGAUUGUAACUAGCAGAUGUAGCCAAAAGAAAACAGGAUUUUACUAGAGUUUCGUGUUAAUUUCUUAUUUUAAUUGGCGGAAUUGACAUGUAAGCGCUUCUCAACGGAUUAUUGUUUCAAAGUUUCCAUGUGGAAUUUUAGUAUUCCAUGGAUUACCUUUUCUUGUGCCAUGGACAUUUUAAGAAGUAGCAAAUACCUCAUUAUAUAUCUGCAUAGAUUAUACACUCGCUAUCAUGUCAGUUACAAACAAGUACUAAUUUAGCAUAAUAAUAUUAUAGACUUUACAAAAAUACUGAUAGCGAGUUUAUUAUUUUAAUUUUUUGAAUUACCGUCACCGCGUUUUAAAAUAUUUCUUGAUGUUCUCUAUUUAGAAAAGGUCUUAAGAUUUUAAAAGGUUGAUCUUAAUGACUAUUUUAUUUUAUGUAAAUAAGUAAAUGUUGUUUUUAUACGUUGGGUAGAGCAUAUUGCGAAAAUACUGCCUGCUAAUACGAUGUUGGUAUUUGAAUUUCAUGUACCAAUCAUAUACACUUUUAUUAUUUAAUCCAGACUCGGUCAAGUAUUAAUGGUUAGCCCUGCAGAACAAAAUAAUUAUUUUAUUUAGCAUUCAUUUUUUGUUCUUUUCUUUGAGGGGGUGGGGGUCAUUUUUUGUUUUCAGUAGCUGACCCUUAGAUAGAUAAAAUAGAUAGGAAUACGUAGUAAGAUAAAAAGAAGGUUUUUUUAAAAUAUAUUAUGUACCAAAACGUAUAUCUGUCUAUAACUCUAAAAUAAAAGAAAAUACUGUUUUAAAUCUACUAUAGUAGGUUAUUAAUGACCAAAAAACCCACAACCUAAAUUUAACGAGAUUGUUUCUAAACAUACAAAGAAUGUCAUAUUACUGUUGAAUGCAAUAUUUGUAUUUUAGAAAAUACUACCGACCAAUAAAUUCACGCCCUCCGAUUUCACGGAAACGAUGGUUUCCGGUACCGUGUCGGUAAAAUGACGUAACCAAAAUUUCGUUUCUCGUGAUUAUUAUUUAGCAAUAGGACUAGUCAACUAAAAUGGUAUAUACGGUUUCUGAUGGGUUUCCAUGAUCACAUGGCACGGAACCGAAAACGUGUUCCCCAUAAAAUUUGUAUUCCUAUGGCCUAGAAUUGUCAGUUUAGUGUAAUCUGCAGAUGUAUUACAGUUGAGCAGUCUAUAACGCACACUCUGCAUAAUAGCGACCUGCCUAUACAGGACUCCAUAAUAGCAGCGACCUGUUUAUUUAGGAUUUUAUUAGCCAUAACCACGUGUUCAUAAAUGAUCUCUGCAAUAGCGUAGACAUUUUCAAUAUGCCCCUUUGAAAGAGAAAUGCAAUUGUUUUGUGUCAGUAUAAAUAUAAAAAAUGUUGCUAAAGGGCACAGAAUAUGCAAUUGGUUUACGUCACUAUAAACAUAAAGGGCAGAAUUUACGAAACCUGUUUUUCUUAAAGUUAAACGCAUGUGUUUAAGCAUUGUAAAUGUACGUAGUUACACGUGGGUAACACAUAAACAGGUGUUCAAGCAUUGUAAAUGUACGUAGUUACACGUGGGUAACACAU